AUGCUAGUUAUAGGCUUAACUGGUGGCAUAGCAUGCGGUAAGUCAACUGUAUCGAAGAGAUUUAGGGAAAAACACAAGAUCCCAGUAAUAGAUGCAGACCUUAUUGCUAGAGAGAUUAUGGCUCCUGGUGAGUCAGCUUAUUAUAAGGUUGUAGAAGAAUUCAGUUCUAAAGUUCCCAAUUUACUAUUACCAAACGGUGAAUUAAACAGGCCAGUGUUGGGCGAUUGGAUAUUUGCAAACCCUAAGGAACGCAAAACAUUAAAUGCGAUAGCUCAUCCUGAAGUCAGGCGAAAAAUAUUAUUUCAGAUAGUGGGCUAUUACCUUAGGAUGUAUCCAAUGUGUGUACUAGACGUACCGUUACUAUUCGAAUCUGGCAUGGAUGUCUUCUGUGGUAUCACAAUUAGUGUGAUUUGUAAUAAAGAAGUACAAAUAGAAAGGCUUAUGCUAAGGAACCCAGACUUAACUAAGGAGCAAGCGCUGGAUCGUAUUAACUCUCAGAUUUCUAUGCAAGAAAGAAUUGAGAAAUCUAACUUUAUCAUUGAAAACAACGAUAAUUUGGAGACACUGUAUUUAAAGAUAGACAACGUGGUGUCGUACAUGAAACCGUUUAUACUCACAGUUAUUCUUCAUUAUUUCAUUCCUUUUGGAAUCAUUUCAGCACUAUCGUUGAUUUUAUCGAAGUGGUAUACACGUUACUGUGCCAAGAAGAUCAGGCAGCGAAAGCAGGUGAGGAAAGUUGUCUAUCCGAAGAAGUUCAGACCAGCUAACAUAAAGGUGAAACACAAGAAGGGAACUUCCAGGCGCUAG